CAGCCCAUUCCUGUGCUCAAAGACUCCCACCCCAGCUCAGAGGGAGCAGGGGCCCAGCCAGGGACGGACCCUCAUUUCUCCCAGGGACCCCAGGCCUCUGUCUCUCUCGGGCCUUGGCUCCUUGAACUUUUGGCCGCCAUGGGCGUCGCGAUGCGCCAGUCUGUUGGAAUUAAGGAUCUGAAGCUCCGAAUGCAACAGGCCUUAGACAGAUUUUUGAAUGAAAUGGGAAAUGCAGAAUCAGGAUAUGGACAGGUGAUGUGCCGCCUGGCAGAGCUGGAGCACAACUUCAAAGACGGCUACCUGGACGUAGUGGAGACUCAUUAUCAGGAACAGCACCUAGAGCUCACUCCUCUACUUGAAAAAGAAAGAGAUGGAUUACGGUGCCGAGGCAACAGAUCCCCUGUCCUGGAAGUUGAGGAUCCCACAACCCAGGAGCCUGGGGAGAGCUUUUGUGACAAGGUCAUGAGAUGGUUCCAGGCCAUGCUGCAGCGGCUACAGAUGUGGUGGCACGGGGUUCUGGCCUGGGUGAAGGAGAAGGUGGCGGCCCUGGUCCAUGCAGUGCAGGCCCUCUGGGAAGAGUUCCAGAGUUUCUGCUGCUCUCUGUCAACGCUCUUCAUGUCGUCUCUCCAGUCCUAAGGAGCCUCACAGGGGGGAUGGAAGAGCUGACACCCCAGAAGUGCUCUGAACCCCACUCCUCAGAAUGAAGAUCCUGACACCACCUUUGCCCUCCCCCUCACUGCGCGCCCACCCUGUCCCCUCCCUCAGUUCUCCUGUGCCCUGCCCCCCUCCCGCACACCCAGUCCCCCUGCCUGGCGUUCCCGCUGUAGCUCUGACCUGGCGCUGUCACCGUGGCAUCUUAAUAAAACCAGCUUAUACUUACCUGGCAGGGGAGAUACCGUGA